CUCACUCACGCACACUCUCUCUUUUCUUUCGUGGAGAGCUGGUAUCUCUGGCGGUUUGCCGCAUGGAAGUCGCCCAGGCAAGGCAGAAUAUCAGCUGUCUGAUCCUGACUCCUUCUCUCCAGUUGCCGUCCGCUGCGCGAGCAGACACAGCGCCGCACUCACAUUAACAGGGAUUCAACGGGAUAUAACGGCAUUUGUUCGCGUACCGAGAAACAGGAGAGACUCAAUCCCGGCUUCAUUCCAACACAGGGGGAAAUAUUUCUCACUCAGAUGUAACAACAAUCCAAAAAGAAAAAAAGACGCGCCGGAUCGUUAAGUGCGCAAAAGCCCACUGCUUGAAACAUUAGGCUGCGCACGGCUAAUUCAGUUCUAUUUCUAAUUAUUUUCUAUUCCCUCCGUCCCCUGCACGGACAAACCGGGGACCGGAGGUGGGGGGGGAGGACUUCCACGUUAUGGAGUCCUGAUUUUACCAAGCAACCCACCGGGAGGAAUGAAACUGAGAAAAUCCGUCGCCGUGGUGGAAUAUCUAUAACCUAAGAUUCAGGGGAUGUUGCAGCAGAGUUUGAGACUCUAGAGAGCAUCCCAACUUUUUUGGUCUCCCUUUUUAUAAUCUCUUCCCCUCUCCUCUUCACCAUCUUCUUCUUCGCCCGUGGGACUUGUAUUUUAGUGACUGAUUUGCAGCACUUCACUCUCUGUCAUGGACCGGUCGACGUCUUUGGAUAUUGAAGCGCUCAAGAUGACCCAGGAGCAGUAUAUCCUUGCGGCGCAGCCCAACCCACUCCACCAACGGGGGGCAUCAGUGUGCGGCGCCCAGGUUUAUCCGGCAGUGGGAAUCUACGGCUGGAGGAAGAGAUGCUUGUACUUCUUCAUCCUCCUCCUCCUCGUCACAAUGAUUGUCAACCUGGCGCUGACUAUCUGGAUCCUCAAAGUCAUGAACUUCACACCGGAUGGUAUGGGAAACCUGCGGGUGACAAAGGAAGGUGUCAGAUUGGAGGGAGUGUCCGAAUUCUUACUGCCUUUAUACGUCAAAGAAAUCCAGUCUCGUAGGGACAGUCCAUUAAUCCUUCAGUCAGACAGAAAUGUGACUGUCAAUGCUAGGAAUGAUCAGGGACAACUGACCGGUCAGCUAACCGUGGGUUCGGAGAUGGUGGAGGCUCAGUGUCAGAGGUUUGAGGUGAGGAGUGCAGAUGGAGAGAGAGUUCUGUUCUCCGCAGAUGAAGAGGAGAUCAGCAUUGGCACUGAGAAACUCAGAGUCACAGGGAAUGAAGGCGUGGUGUUCAGCCAUUCUGUAGAGACAUCACAUGUAAGGGCAGAACCCUUCCAGGACCUAAAGUUGGAGUCCCCAACUCGUACCCUGACCUUGGAGGCCCCCAGAGGUGUUGAGGUCAAUGCUGGAGUGGGAGACUUCACAGCGUCCUGUAGGAAAGACCUCCUCUUGCAGUCCUCAGAAGGAGAGAUCUUUCUAGAUGCCAACACCAUCAGGCUGGGCAACAUUCCCCUCGGCAGCGCUGUGGACCCCCUGGAGGGGGCGCCUGCAGGUACCACCUACACCAAACAAACUGUGUAUGAGCUGUGUGCCUGCGCUAAUGGCAAGCUCUACCUGUCCCCAGCUGAGAAAGGCUCUACCUGCCAAACCACUAGUAACUUUUGUCUCUGGAGCUGAAAAUAGGAGGUUUACAGACACCUGGGACAUAUGGACUAUUAGAGUUUGAAGCUAAUGCUAGCCAACAGACUGAAUCAUUGUGGCUUGAUGGGAAGCUAAUGCCAGCUAACAUACCGAAUCAACAUGGAUUGUAGCAUGGCAAGAAAUUCACGUCCGUUAACCAACUGAAUAAUAUGGAUCACAGCUUGGCAGGAAGCUUACGCUUGCUAACAGACCAAAUCAACAUGGACUGUGGCUUGGUGUGAAGCUAAUGUCAGCUAAAGGACUGAAUCAACAUGGACUAGAGCUUGGUGAGAAGCCAGCUCACCGACCAAAUUAAUAUGGAUUGGUCAUUUGCUAUUGCUAGUCAAGAUGAUGGAUGAUUUGACCAGAAGCAAAAGCCAACAAGAUUAGCUUGUGGGUUUGAUGCUAAGACCAGUCAUGGCCAUGAAUGGACAGAAUCACUCUGGAGCUCUCAUUGGCUGUCCUUGCCAUUGUUGAUUUGCUGCCAUGACGGUCCUGAAAGUCACAUGGAUUACAUUUGGGGGUUGCCUGAGAACAGAAAGCUCUCUUACAAACAAAGUGAGUUGUGUGUUCACCAUUUGACCAAAAUGUCCUGGAAAACAUGCUCCUGCUUUUAUUAGGAUAAACAGAUAUGGUGAUGGACUGCAAAUUCACCAGCAGGGACAUGGACAAGGACUCUGUUGACAUGAGUGACGACUUUGGUUUAGCCCUGCAGGUAGCUAACAAAUAAAUCAGACAAUGGUUUAGUCUAGUGGGAAGCUAAGGCUAGCUAACGGACCAAUCUAUACCAGAAAGGCCUUCCCCCUCCUCCCCCUCCUCCCCCUCUAGUCUUUCAACCCAAAUCUUGAAGUUUGACCCUUCCACAUUAAUCUGCACCUGAAAGUGACUAUGUUCUCAAACUUCACUUUUCACAGGAUAACUAAUGCAAAUAAUUGUACUUUAGCCUUGCAUUCACCAGCUUUUCCCCCUAAAAUUUCAGAUUUUCACAUUUAAUUUUUUAUCUUUCUUUUAGAUCAAAUAUUUUACUUAUCUCUGUUCUUGUGUUCAUCUUUCCCUUCAAUGUCUCUAAUCCUUUAGCUUUCCAUAGUUUGCUUCUGCUCUCCUUUAUCUUUUCUCCAUGCUCUAAUUAUUAUUUAUGUCUAUGCACCCACUUGCACUGGACUGGUAACAAAAAAUGUAAUUCUGGCUAUACUCUUUCCUCCAACUGGUCUGGUCAAAAAAAAAAAAACAAAAACAGAAAACAUUGUUUUGUCUGUUUUCUUCCACUGGACUAGUUCAAAACAUUUUUUACAAACCAUCACAGUUGUAUUAGAUGCAGGGUUUUCCCCCACAGCAUCACCCAUGUCUUUUGGUUUCCACAGUACAGAAGCAAAUUUAAGAAUAAGAAAAAGGACAGGAAAGUAAGUCAUCAGUCUUAAAUUAAGGCUCAGGUGGGUGCUAAGGCGGACAGACCAUUUUGUGGUGUGAGGCCAAACCUCCAGUCAGACAGAGGCAGUAGUCGGCCGACAGCCAGACCAAUUUUGGUUUUGUUACGGAGUGUUAUACAUCUUCAUCCUGUGUUCCUUGUCUGUCAGACCUUUUUUUGCUCCUUUUGCAUGACUUUUCUUCUUUUCUUGCCAAGUGUUGCUCUUCCCUCUCAGCCAUGUAUUUUUCUGUCAUUAAGACAUGUUUCUGCCCUUUUUUGUUCAUGCUUCAGCCUCUUUCCCGCAGUAUUUUCACCUCUCAUUACUCCUUGCUCAGUCUCCUCACCACUCUAUUUUAUUGACUGUAGUUAAAUUUCUAAAUUUUGUCUCAUCUUAUGCUUCAUCUCUUAACCACCACUUUCCAGAUAACACAUCUUGAUGCUGUUUCCAUAUCUUUUUUGUUAUAUCCUCACUCCAUAAUUCUCUAAUUCUGUCCAUGACAAAUGCAAAUAUCAGGAAGAAAGUCCAUUCCACACGAUGCCCUAAAUCAGGAAGGUCCAAAAUAGGAUUUGGGAGGAUAUACUUCAUAUAUCCAUCUAUCCAUUCAUUUUCUGUUGCUUAUCCAAAGAGUAGGGUGGCAGCAGGUUUAAAAAGGUGGUUCAGAUUUCCCUCUCUUCUGCAGCGUUUUCAAGCUCCUCCGGGGGGGGGGGGGUGUCCCAAUGCAUUCCCAAUCCAGGUGAGAUGUAUAGUCUCUCCAGUGUGUUCUGGGUCUACCCCAGGGUCUCCUGCCAGUGGGAUGUGCACAGAAAACCUCCUAUGGAAUGCACACAUGGGCCAGCACCAACAGGGAGCGUGCUUUACUUCCUGCAGAGAAUACACUCACAACUCUGUCUAGAGUUAUAUAAGGAAAGGAUGGCUUGUAAUAAUGGCCAAGGUAUCUUUAGACCCCCUGAGAGACACAGUCAUAAGCCUUCUCCAAGUCCAGAAAACACAUGUACACUGGAUAGGCACACUCCCAUGGCCCCUCUAAUAACCUUCCAAGGGUUCAUAAGAAGUUCUUCUGGAAGUUGAACUAUCCUAUACUCAAAUGUGGUGUUUGUUAUGGCCAAUCCAUGACAAGCACAGACAUCCAAUAGCAAAGCACCAUUCAGGUUCAGUUCAGAGGGCUGUUCAUCCCAGUCAUGUUUCUCCAUGUUUCUCCAUCAUUGCCCACAUGAGCAUUGAAGUCCACCAAGAGGACUCUUGAGUCCCUAGGUGGUGCCCUUUCAAGGACCCCACUCAGAGACUCCAAGAGGGCAAGAUACUCUAAACUGCUGUGUGGUGCAUAAGCACAAACAAUGGUUAGAGCCUUCCUGUCAUCAACUUGCAGUUGCAUAGAGGAAACCCUCUCUAAUACAGUGGUGCUCAGCCGGAAGCUUGUUAGUAUCCCCACACCUGCCUCUUGCCUCACAACCAGGGCAAAUCUGGAAAAGGAUAGAGUCCAGUCCCUCUCCAGGAGUUUGGUUUCAGAGCCAGUGCUGUUUGUGGAGGCAAGCCCAACUAUAUCUAGUAGAUAAUACUACACCCCCACCAACCAACCAUCUUCCUACACACCUCCACCUUCCACCUUCUCCCUGCCCCUAACCAGCACCCACCCCACCAUGCACGCAUAUAUACACACAAACCCCUCCGCCACAUCAAGACAGUGAUUUGGAGGAGUCUUUAUACAUAUAGAUUGUAUAAUUGUAUAUUAUACAAUCUCUACAAGUCUUAGAUGGGGGGAUUGGUGUGAAUGGCCUCAAGCUGGCAAACCUAGCGCCCAACCUCUGCAAUGGCUGGACAAAAAAUUAUGUGGCAGAAAUCCCCCUGGAAGAAAUUAUGGAUGGAUUUGGUUGUAUGUGUAUGGACUCAGCUGAACUAAGGCCCUGAGGCGUACUUUCUUUUUUUAAAAAAACAAAGCGAUACACAGGUGCCUUUGCUGCUGUUGGUAAAAGCACAUCACAGUCUGAACGUUCACACUACCCUCAGUGGACCAUCUGCAAGUGUCUCUGGACAAACUAUCUAUUUAUCAAUCUACCUAUCUAUCUAUUUAGUUUUCUGUCUUUUUCCUCCCCUUCUCUCCUGGUUUUGUAGAAUUCUCAGUAUAUCCAGCUGAAAAAAAAAAAAAGAACAGUUCAAUCUUGGUUUGAAGUUUAAUUUUCUGACGUGUUCCCUUAUGGUUUUAUUCUUGAUAAUAAAAAAGCACAAAUUAUGCCAUGUAUAUAACAAUACCAAUACAAAA